GCAAGAGCUUCUUCACCUGCAUUUAGGAUUCAGUACAAAUUUAUAACUUCAUCAUUGCUGGAAUUCCUUUACAACUCCGCUCCAAAAUGUCUUCAACUACCAAUCAUAACACGCUCUUCCUGACCCGAGGUAGGAGGUCUCGGCGACAAUUUACAUACUUGGGGGAAUUGCCGAUUAGCGUCGACUAGAGUCAACCUCUCCAACUUAUAAGAAUGGCUUGACAUUUGGCAGCUCGACCAUAGUUUCUUUUCAAUUGGCAUUUUCCAUCUCUACAAGAUGUACAGACCCAUACUCCGUCUGUCUGCAAAGCAAUUGAGCUGUGCCGCUCGUCCUGCAGCAGUCAGAGGAUAUGCAGCCCACGCUACCCCGCAACCAUUCAACUGGGAGGACCCAUUGAAUGCACGAAGUCUGUUAACGGAGGAGGAAUUGGCUAUUUCAGAGACGGCGGAGGCGUAUUGCCAGGAGCGCAUGUUACCACGAGUUCUUCAGGCGUACCGGGAUGAGCAUUAUGACAAGAAGAUUCUAGAGGAGAUGGGCGAGUUGGGAUUGCUAGGUUCUACGAUCCAGGGAUACGAUUGUGCGGGCGUAUCGAACGUUGCGUCUGGAUUGAUCACAAAGGCUGUGGAAAGAGUGGACAGCGGAUACCGGUCAGGCAUGUCUGUUCAGUCCAGCUUGGUUAUGGGAGGCAUUGAUGAGUUUGGGACACAAGAGCAGAAGGACAAGUUCUUGUCCAAGAUGGGGAAGGGGAAGCUGUUGGGUGCUUUUGGGUUGACAGAGCCGAAUCAUGGGAGUGACCCUGGUUCAAUGGAGACUACGGCUAAGCCACAUCCUACGAAGAAAGGAUACCUCUCGCUCUCUGGGGCAAAGACUUGGAUUACAAACUCGCCAAUUGCGGAUGUUUUGUUGGUAUGGGCGAAAUACCAUGAGACGGGCAAGAUUAGGGGUUUCUUGGUGGAGAGGUCAGAAUGUCCACCUGGUACUCUGGAAACGCCACCCAUCAAGAACAAGAAUGGACUUCGAGCUUCCCUUACCGGCAUGAUCCAUCUCGAUGAGUGUCCUGUACCAGAAGCCAAUAUGUUCCCGGAUGUCGAGGGGUUGAGAGGCCCAUUCACAUGCCUGAAUAGUGCCAGGUAUGGAAUUGCUUGGGGAACAAUUGGUGCUCUUGAGGACUGCAUCGCCAGAACAAGAACCUACGCUUUGGAGAGAAAGCAGUUCAAGGGCAACCCCAUUGCCAAGUACCAGCUGGUACAAAAGAAGCUUGCGGAUGCCACCACAGAUGCAGCCUUUGGCACACUGGCAGCAAUUCAAGUCGGACGACUAAAGGACAAGGGCGAGGCUGCACCAGAGAUGAUCAGCAUGAUCAAGAGACAGAACUGCGAUCGUGCCCUCUUCAACUCACGGGUCCUGCAAGAAGUCUUUGGUGGAAAUGCAGUGAGUGAUGAGUACGGCAUCGGCAGACAUGUGGCAAACCUGUUCGUGACUCAGACUUACGAGGGGCAAAGUGAUAUCCACAGUCUCAUACUCGGAAGAGCUAUCACGGGUCUGCAGGCGUUUGUAUAGACGGUCUCGGCCCUGGUGACUUGGAUAGGAAAACAAUUGUAAAUAGGUCCUCCAUACACCUCAAUUUAUUCCCGUGCCGUGAAAACGAUAGAUCUGAUUUCAUUGUCAAAGCUGGGAUAUUUUGCGGCAUUCUGGGUAACUGAAACCUGGGACGGCGGAGACUUCGUGACUUGACCUGAACCGUUGGGAGUUGACAGCUGCCAAGCGUCAAACCUCCACCCUGCUCCUCACUCAUCUAGGAACCUUCAACUCCUAACGAUACAGGCGACUGAAAUAUGAGGCUGAGGCCAUUCUCGAACAAAUAAGAAACGUUCUCCUAUCGAGGAGA